ACUCUCUUCUGCCCUGGACAGAACUAACGGGCCGCUGAGCAGUCCCAGAGACGGUCGGGAACUAACGGAACAAUGGGCUGGAAAGAGCGAGGCUGGCUGCUUUGUGCCGCUGUUGUCGGGUUUGUGGCGAAUGUUCAGUGCGUAAAACGGUCAGACUUUUUCCCUUUUGGCCAAAGUGCUGGAGACCAGGUCCUGGAGCCAGGGACGGACAGGACGCACCAGCUUCAGCUGAACAAGCCCGUUCUGUUUUAUGAUAGCUCCUACAACCGCAUCUUUAUCAACACCAAUGGCUUUGUUGCUACAGCAACACCAACCAGAGAGUCGACCUAUCUCGGCAGCAUGCCCGCCAGCUUUGGCAUGAUCGCCACUCUACAAGGAGACCUGGACACGAGCGAUGGGGUGGGCAAAGUCUUCUUCAGACAAGAUGACAGUCCUGCACUUUUGAGGCAGGCAGCGGAGCACAUAAACAGGGCUUUUCCUGAAGACGACGAAGUUAACCCCACUCACGCUGUGGUGGUCACAUGGGUCGAUGUGGCAACGCAAGAGCAGCACAACAGAGGAGACGGAAUUAAGAAGAGAAACACUUUCCAGCUGGUUCUUGCGUCCCUUGAGACUGCGUCCUAUGCCAUUGUGCUGUAUGCUAGAGAUGGGAUACAGUUCACCUCUACACCAGCCAACGACCAGAAUGUGGUGAUGCAUGCAGGCUUCAGCAAGGGCCUCGUACGGGGUUUCCUGUUCUCGACUCAGGGGCAGUACUACCGCAUCUCCAAUGAUGACGAGAACUCUGUCAGAGCUCUGGCUGAGACGACCAACUCUGGCAUGCGUGGCGUCCAUGUUUUUGAGAUCGGUACUUACCCUCAUUUCUCAAAUGUGCAUCCGGGAGAGGUGACAGAGAUGCCCACCGAGGCCCCAGAGGAGGUGGAGUACUCCCCAUUUGAGGCAGAGAGAGGGCAAAUCCCAAUCAACCCAGUCCUAUACCAACCUGAGAACCCAGCGGUGGUGGUAGUGGAAGACACAGAAAUCGAUGUAGAUGUGUUUUCUUACAACCCUGGAGCAUGUGCGAAGAACAGAGACACAUGCUCACAGUUUGCUGACUGUAGAGAUUACCCUGGAGGAUACUGCUGCCACUGUCGCCCUGGUUUCUACGGCAAUGGUAUUCAGUGUGUUGCAGAAGGGAAGCCUCAGAGAAUGAAUGGUAAAAUGAAUGGGAAUGUGUACGUGGGCAGCUCUUCGACUCCAGUUCAGUUCAACAAUAACGACCUGCACUCGUAUGUUGUGGUGAAUGACGGACGCUCCUAUGUGGCCAUCAGCAACAUUCCCGACUCCAUCGGCCCCUCACUCAUGCCUCUCUCUGCUCUGGGAGGAGUCAUUGGGUGGGCGUUUGCUCUGGAGAAGCCCGGCUUUAAGAACGGCUUUGGGCUCAUUG